UAUAAGAUGACAAAGUUUCCACCAUUCAUUCGAUUGAUCACAUAUGACCCGAAGCGUGAUCCAACCAAGCUCAAGGUGCGUGUACCUAUCAGUCGCCGCAAGAAGCUGAUUAAGGGUAUGAUUGCCGAGUUCCUGGGCACGAUGUUCCUCAUAUUCUUUGUGUGUGGCUCCGUCAUGACCGCACUGUACCCCGCCAACGGUGACAAGGCUGCCGUUAUCUUCCUUAUUGCCACCAUCCAGGGUCUGGCCCUGGCCGCUCUCAUCUGGUCCAUCGCCGGUAUCUCAGGUUGUAAUCUCAACCCUGCCAUUACCGUGGCGAACUUGUUCUCUGGCUGCAUCGGUUUCCUCAAUGCCCUCGGUUACAUUGCUGCGCAAGUGGCCGGUGCCAUCGCCGGUGCUGGUAUCAUCAAGGCUUGCAUUCCAUGGCCCUACCAACAGAGUCUUGGCAACGUCAUGCUCGGACCACACGUCUCCACCGGACACGGUUUCCUCUUCGAAAUGGUUGCCACUGCCUUCUUGUGUAUGAUCGUGCUCGGUACAUCCAUCUUCAACACAUGGGAUCUUAAGAUUACUAGAAUUGCUCCAUUCGCAAUUGGUAUGGCCUUGUUCGUAGGUGUUGCCAUCGCUUGGCCAUUCACUGGUGGCUGUUUGAACCCAGUCAGAUCUUUGGGACCAUCGAUCGUCGGAGGUAACUGGCACUCACAUUGGAUCUACUGGUUGGGUCCAAUCACCGGUGCAAUCAUCGCCGCCUUUGUCUUCAGAGUGUUGUUGAGAGAGAGAUUCGAUGUCAUCGACAACCCAAGCUACAUUGCUCCAGAUCUUACCAAACUCAAGGCAUCAAGAACC